UGUCCACGAGCUGACCACACCCUGCUCCUUGAACACUGCACAGCACCAGCGCAAACUCUAAGAUGUACCAGCAUUAGCUACACAGUGGCCUUCCUUGUCUCCAGGACGACAGAGGAUGAACCCUGAGACCCCUCCCACUGGAGGAAGCGUAUCUCUGUCACUCUGGAAAGGGGACUCAGGAACUUUUGCCCAGAACCCAGGGACCAGUCUGCAGGCAUGGAGGAGACUCUGGAUCUCGGCAUGAAACUGAACCUAUGACAAGUGUAGGAGCCUCUAUUCUGAGGGUCCCAGAUGUGUCAGUCAUGGAAAUGUGAGGGUGUUUUCCCAAGGUGUUCACCUCAGGCCUCCCUGAGCUGCCAUCUUUGAUUCCCUGUGUUUGGUCACAGACUCUGUGAUGUGCUCCUAUUAAAGAAGAAGAGACGCGUGAUAAUGAGAGAGGAGAGAGGGGGAGGAGUCAGAGAGAGAGCUUGGGAGAGAUGAAGAGACAAAGAAGAGAAGAGGCACCAAGAAAGAGAGAAUAUAAAGGGAAAAGCUCAGGGCAAGAGAUGUCAGGGAAAGAUCAAGACAUUAAAGGAAGGAGAGAGAAUCAGGGAAGAAAGGCAAGCACAAGAAAGGACAGAAGCCAUAAGAGAACAAAAUGGCUGGAAUGAAGUAAAAGUUGUCACCAGGAUGUGCUCGUUUUGGACAUGCAGAAGGUUGGAGAGGGGAGAUCACAAAGGGCAUCCUUGGCUGCCCUCUUAGCUCCCGGAAUCUCCCUGCCAGGAGCUCCACCCUACUUCCGGCUCAUCAGGGUGGGGCUCCCUGUGUUUCCUGGGACGAGUCCUCAGUCCCAGAUGGUGAGCCUAUAAGGGGGUGGGGUACUCCGAAUGCCACGCUCCUGAUCAUUACUAACCAAGGCUAAGGGUUCCAGCCCCUCCUUGGGCUUUGUCUUUCUGCCCUGCUGACACAGUGGGUCAGAGGGCCAGUCCUAGAGGGGCCCCAGAAGAGAAGGGCUGGCAAAGAGAAGAAAUCGAUGACACCAACCCUGGGGAAGUUUCAGACCUACAGGAGGGAGCCGUUGCCCUGUGUGGGCUACAGCCCCAGGAAGAUUCAGCUAUGGCGCCCAGGAGUCCUGAGGGCCCAGAACUGUCCCCAGAGGAGGACCUGUCUGCUUUUACUUCCUCAGCUUCCCACUUGCCUGCUGCACUGACUCUACCUGUUCCAGGGAGGGGGAUCUCCAGGUGUCCUGUGGCCUCAAGUCACCGUUCUCAGAGAGAAAAAGUUUGUGAAGAGUCUGACAGAUCGAGGAUGGAUGAAUGGAAAAAAUAGAAAGUACAGCAAAAUAUUAAGAUAGAAUCUACAUGGUGGGCAUAGGGAUGUUCACUGUACAAUUGGAUUUUUUCAAAUAAAAUAUAAGGGGAGAGAAAAAAGGUGUCUGGCAAAUAGUAGGCAUUCCUAAGUAUAAGGCGUUGGGAGUGUAAUCCCUUUCCAGGAGAAUCUAUAUUUCAAAUACCUGCAGAGGACAAUGUUUAUCCUGAAAGAUGGCAGAUUGCAGGUGAGGGCACCAGCAGAAACAAAAUAGGGGAAGGAGAACCUUGGACCACACCCAGAGGUGAUUAGGAAGUUUGCCCGCCCAAAGCAGCUGGCCCUUCGGUUGGUGAUCUUUUCUCAAGUUUAUUCUGCCUCUCCUGAGAUCUGGGCUUUGGUCCAGAGUUGACCCCACCCUGCCACCAGACCCUGCCUGACAACUGACCCUAAGAGUUUGAUCAUGUUUGCUCAGGAGCCCCAGGAUGUUGACCGUUGCUUUUCUUGCCCUUCUUUGUGCAUCAGCCUCUGCCAGUGAGCUUCAGGCCAGCUCCUCCUCUUUCAGUGGAGAGUAUGGAGGCCAUGGAGGAAGGCGAUUCUCCCAUUCUGGAAACCAGCUGGAUGGCCCCAUCACUGCCAUUCGUGUCCGAGUUAACAGCUACUACAUCAUAGGUCUCCAGGUGUGCUACGGCAAGGUGUGGAGCGAUUACGUGGGUGGCAAGUUGGGAAAGCUGAAAGAGAUCUCCCUGUACCCUGGGGAAUCAGUGGUCCAGGUGUCGGGAAAGUACAAGAACUACCUGAGAAAGCUGGUCUUUGUGACUGACAAGUCCCGCGUCUUGACUUUUGGGAAAGACAGAGGCAAGAGUUUCAAAGCUGUCCCCUUGCACCCCAACACUGUGCUUCGAUUCAUCAGUGGCCGAUCUGGCCGAUCCAUUAUCAAUGCCAUUGGCUUCCACUGGGGUGUCUACCCCAGUAAACACGAGAACUGCUGAGUUGUCCUGCAACACUGCAGUGGGGGUAUGGGAACCCCUCACCACUAACCACCAUCCACCUGUCUCAAUAAAAAAAAUAAUA